AUGGGAGAGGGGGCAUGGGAGUGGGGAUAUGGGGCAGAGGGGGCAUGGGCAAGUGGAGGAAUGGGAGGGGAUAUGGGAGAGGGGCAUGGUGACGUGGGGAUCAUGGGAGAGGGGGCAUGGGAGUUGGGAGAUGCGGAGAGGGGAUACAUGGAGAGGGGGCAUGGGAGUGGGGACAUGGGAGGGGAGGCAUGGGAGAGGGAGAAUGGGGUGGGGACAUGGGGGGGGCUGGGAGGGCAGGCAGUGGGGACAUGGGGGAGGGAGAAUGGGAAGAGGGACAUGGGGUGGGGGACAAUGGGAGAGGGGACAUGGAAUGGGGAGAGGAGGGAGGAGUGGGGACAUGGGAGGAUGGGGACAUGGGGAGGGGAAUGGGAGAGGGCGACUGGGACGGGAAUGGGGGGAUGGGAGAGGGCUGGGGAGGUGAAUGGAGUGCGGGCAUGGGACGUGGGGACAUGGGAUGGGAAGGGGGUGAGGGACUGGGAGAUGGAAUGGAAGGGACUGGAGUGGGCACAUGGACGCAGAGGGGGAGAUGGAUUAAGGGACGGCUGGUAG